AAUCCUCCUCCUGGUUGAUCAAUCAAUCAUUUCAAGGGGAAAGAAAGCUCUCUGCUUUCUCAACUCUCAUCGUCUGUGUACACUCAAUCUCUCUGUUUGGGGUUCCUCGGGCGAACCAGAGCUGCAGGGAUUCUUCAGAGGUUCUUCUUUGCCUCUGGAUUGCAUACUCCGCGAAGUUGAAGUUUUUCAGCUCAGUUUCUGUUGAUUGUUGAAUAAAGUUAUUCAAGUUAGCAGUUGCGUAGAAGUGCUUUGUUUUUCCCCCAUUGGAUAUGGCCACCAAUGAAAAUCUUCCACCGAAUGUUAUAAAGCAAUUGGCAAAAGAGUUGAAGAGCCUCGACGAAUCCCCUCCUGAAGGCAUAAAAGUAGGCGUCAACGAUGAUGACUUCUCGACAAUAUAUGCUGACAUUGAAGGCCCAGUGGGAACUCCCUAUGAGAAUGGCCUCUUCCGUAUGAAGUUGAUAUUGUCUCGUGACUUCCCGUGUUCUCCUCCCAAAGGUUACUUCCUUACUAAGAUCUUUCAUCCAAACAUUGCAACCAAUGGUGAGAUUUGUGUCAACACUUUGAAGAAAGAUUGGAAUCCAAGCCUUGGGCUGCGGCAUGUCCUAAUUGUUGUUAGAUGUCUACUGAUUGAACCAUUUCCAGAAUCAGCUUUGAAUGAACAAGCUGGCAAGAUGCUGCUUGAAAAUUAUGAUGAAUAUGCCAGACAUGCCAGGCUCUAUACUGGAAUCCAUGCAAAGCCGAAACCGAAGUUCAAGUCGGGAGCCAUCUCCGAAUCCACAACUGCGCUAAAUGUUGACCCAACAAAUGCGUCUGCGCUUAAUACAGAUCUCAAAAACACAUCUGCUGCUGUACUGUCAUCGGCAUGUCCAACUGCAAAUUCUAAUACUGCAGUUAGAGGUGGGCAGGAGCAGCAGCCGAACACUACAACACCACCAGCCUUAGAGUCUGGAGUCGGGGGCUCCGGCGUGGCUGCACCAGCAGCAGCAGUGGUGAAAAAACAAGAUGGACCCUUGAAGAUGCAGGGUGACAAGAAGAAAAUAGAUGCAAGAAAGAAAAGCUUGAAGAGAUUGUGAUGUUUUAAUGAAUGAAUGAAUGAAUGAAACUGUCUAUUAAUGCCAGAAUUUAAGGUUCGAUAAUACAGCAGAGCACUUAGAGGAGAGAAUUGAGAACUGAAAGUUAAGAAUGCUGUGGAAUUUGUAAUGAAGAACACACUUGAAUCACUGAUGUAGUUGGUUUCUUAUUCAACAUUUUAUUUCCCCUUUUGAACAUUGC